AUUUAACGUGUAUAUAAACAGCUGCCGACACCCUCAUAUUUUAUCAGUUCGCGGAGUUAAAAACUCAUUUUAGUUUUGAUUUUACGCUUUUACCUCUUUGGUUUUUGAGCAGAAAUGGUGAACGCUGAAGUUAUUCCAAACCAGAGUGUGGUGGAGAGGGUGAGCAGCCUCCCUCUGGUCACUUCCACCUACAGGCUGGUGUUCAGCGUGUAUUCCAGCACCAAAGACAACCACCCUUACAUCCGGACAGUGUGUGAGGCCGCGGAGCAGGGAGUCCGCACCAUCACCUCUGUGGCCCUCACAACCGCCUCGCCCAUCAUGGACAAGCUGGAGCCCCAGCUCACCAUUGCCAAUGACCUGGCGUGUAAAGGUCUGGACCGAAUUGAAAAAACCCUGCCAAUUCUUCGCCAGCCUUCUGAGCAAGUUGUUUCCAGUGCCAAGGGUGUGGUAACCUCUGCUAAAGAUGCCGUGACCGGUAGAGUGUCGGGCGCCAAGGACUCGGUCUCCGGGACUCUGAGCGGCGUCGUGCAGAAGACUCGGGGCGCUGUGCAGGACAGCGUGGAGAAGACCAAGGCGGUCGUCAGUGGCGGCGUGAAUACGAUGCUGGAGAGCAGAGUGAUGCAGCUGGUCAGCAGCGGAGUGGACACCGCCCUCAGCACAUCCGAGAAUCUGGUGGAGCAUUAUCUGCCUGUCACUGAAGAAGAAAUAGAGCUGGAGGCAACAGCUGUUGGCUCUGAUGGUGACAAGCGAAGCUACUACGUCCGCCUGGGCUGCCUCUCUACCAAGCUCCGGAAGCGAGCGUACACACGAGCGGUCGCCAGAAUUCAGCACGGCAGGCAGAAGAGCAUGAGGUUCAUUUCUGAGCUCAACUCCACUGCUGACCUGAUUAAACUCAGCAGAACGAACAUCGACGGAGCAAACAAGCUAAACUCUUUGAUGCCGUGGAAGGCGCGCGAGUCGGUCCAGGAGAACGGUCACCAGGCGGAGAUGAUCGAGUCCCGCACUUUGGCUCUGGCACGCUCCCUCACCCAACAGCUUCAGACCACAUGCCUGGUCAUCGUUUCCAGCAUGCAGGGUCUCCCCAACCACAUCCAGCAGGAGGCGCUGUCCCUCACCCACUCAGCUGCGCAGGUCUACAACAGCUUCAGCAAAGCAGCAGCGCUGGGAGACCUGCCGGACACCGUGUUAGCCAGCAGCAAAGUCCAGAUGAGCCGAAUGAAAGAUUCCCUCGAUGGCAUCAUGGAUUACCUGGUCAACAACACGCCGCUCAACUGGUUGGUCGGGCCCUUCUACCCUCGCUUGGCCCCGUCACCCAGCCGGUUUGAAGCCUCUGCUGGAAGGAGCAGCCCGCCUGCGUCGCCAAAGCCUGCACUUACUCGGCCCCCCCUGGAGAUGCAGCCUCUCCUUCAGCAGCAGCCCUCUCCUCCUGCUUCAGAGUAACAGCCGACAGACAACACUGGCACUUUUGAUUAUAUAAAAGCACCUGAUUUGAACAUUUGUAAGCUUCAUUCCUGCCCAAACAUCAACGUGCAGCUCACAUUAAAAAACAAGACAUUGGAUCUGGACUUGGAAAACAAAAAAAAAUAAACCAGAUCACACAAGUUUAUAUCAGACAAGAAUUGAGACAAAGCACAACACAUUUCAAAGUUUUAUUAAGUAAUUUGACACAUUAAAACACAAAUAACUACAACUGACAAAUACAACCGUCAAUGAAACAGAUCAGUGGAUGCUCAGAUCGGCUCCGCUUAUCGCUGACAGCCAUUUUGCUGUGAGAGAUACUCCAUCAGACCCUAAAAACAGAUUUUAAAAAGGAAACCUAAUGCACUGAACAAGCAUAUACAUUUUCUUUUUUUAAAUUGUGAAUGAAAAAUUAGCUUUUUGUUACCGCAAGUUUCUGAAUCUGACACCAUGCAACGUCGUCCAGCAGGUCCCAGUUAAUUUUAUCCUUCGUCUCUUCAGAAAAGCUGACAGUCUACAAACAAAA